AAUUUGGUACCACAAUUGACUCCUGAUCCAAGAAGAGAUGCUGAGCUUCACAAGAAAAGGGUGUUAUGUUCCUCGAUUUUUCGACAUUCGAAGAAGAAGAAGCUUUAGCAACAACACUCUCUCGGAUUCAUCUGUACUGGUGGAAGGCAAUGGAAGUUCACGAACCGUAAUUCUCAACAGACCGUCGGUCCUCAACGCUCUCAACACUCCAAUGUUAAACAAGUUGCACAAACUGUAUAAAAGCUGGGAAGACAACCCUAAUAUAGCUUUUGUGGUAAUGAAGGGAAGUGGCAGGGCUUUUUGUUCUGGUGGGGAUAUUGUUUCCUUUUAUGACAUGAUAAGAAAAGGUAAUAUUGAGGAAUGCAAGGAAUUCUUUUCAACGCUAUAUGAGUUUAUAUACUUUCUAUCUACAUACAAAAAGCCACAAGUGGCUGUCUUGGAUGGGGUUACCAUGGGUGGAGGGGCUGGUGUUGCCAUUCCAGAAACCUUCAGAGUUGCAACUGAUAAAACUGUCUUCGCUACACCUGAGACGUUAGUUGGUCUUCAUCCUGAUGCCGGAGCUUCCUUUCAUCUUUCACGUCUUCCUGGUUAUUUAGGGGAGUUUUUGGGUCUAACGGGAAGCAAACUCAAUGGAGCCGAAAUGAUUGCGUGUGGGCUCGCUACACACUAUUCACACAGUCAGAAUGUUCUAGCAAUUGAAGAAAGUCUCAACAAUUUGAUAACCAAUGAUCCUUGUGUCAUUGAAAGUUGUAUUCAUAACUUAAGUGACCUUAACCAUCUAGAUAAAAACAGUGUUUUCAGAAGGAUGAAAACUAUCAAUAAAUGUUUCAGCCUUGAUACUGUUGAGGAAAUCAUUGAGGCCUUGGAACGUGAAGCUGCGAAAACUCAUGACCCGUGGUGCUAUUCAAUGUUAAAGAACCUAAAAAAUGCUUCACCGUUGAGCUUGAAGGUUUCCUUAAGAUCAAUACGAGAAGGGCGGUUUCAGACUCUUGAUCAAUGUCUAAUUCGCGAAUACCGGCUGACAUCACGAGUUGUGUCUUGCCAGAUAUCAAGUGAUUUCUGUGAGGGUGUUCGGGCACGAAUGGUUGAUAAAGACUUUGCACCCAAGUGGAACCCGCCGAGCUUGGAACACAUAUCGUAUGACAUGGUGGAUGAAUACUUCUCUCCCCUAGGAGCAUUCGAGUCUGAACUAGAGUUGUCUACUCGAAAACCUGAGCCAUUUCAUGAGCAAAUUCGAAUUUAAAACUUAGGGACAUCAUUUACUUUGUUGUUUGUUGGAUUUUAAUCCAACUGGAUUAGCUCAUUUGGGCAGCACAUAAAUGAUCACAACUUCGUAAAUAAUAAUCAUAUACUUUGAAAAUC